AUGGCAUCCACAGGAGACGGCAUGGCAGUUGAGAGAGCUUAUGACACCCAGGAUGGUUUGUAUGAUGUCGCAUGGAGUGAAGUCAAUGAGAAUCAACUAGUUGUCUCUAGUGGCGACGGUUCGAUUAAAAUGUGGGAUACAACACUUGCUGACUUUCCUAUACAAAAUUGGCAUGAACACCAACGCGAGGUUUUCUCGGUGGAUUGGAAUUUAGUGACCAAAAAUGUAUUUUCCAGUGGUUCCUGGGACCACACCGUCAAGAUUUGGAACCCUCAAUCACCGAGAUCGUUGCAAACAUACACCGAACACACACAUUGCGUGUAUAGUACAGCAUGGUCACCUUAUAAUCCUACCUGUCUGGCUUCUGCUUCUGGUGACCAGACAGUCAAGAUUUGGGAUACAAACAGUCCCCGAUCUGCACAGACGAUCCGAGCACACAACAAUGAGAUUUUGUCGUUAGAUUGGAACAAGUAUCAGGAGAACAUGUUGGUGACAGGUUCAGUGGACAAGACGAUCAAGGUAUGGGAUUUACGUCGUUCAGAUAGAGAGGUGGUGUGUAUUCCAGGUCAUGAAUUUGCUGUUCGACGUGUCAAAUGGUCUCCACAUCGACCUAAUAUUUUGGCCAGUGCAUCGUAUGAUAUGAGCGUGCGAUUUUGGGAUACGGCCGCUCCUCUGGGACAACACUUGAUUCAUGUACAUGACGCACAUACAGAAUUCGUGCUUGGUUUAGAUUUCAAUCUUUAUGUAGAAGGACAGGUUGCUACUUGUGCUUGGGAUGAAAAGGUGAAUGUGUUUAUUCCCCCUCCUCUUUUAAGGCGUUAA